AUGCAUCGCGUACUCUGUCCGACAGCCCGCUCUCUUUUCCGCGUUUCUCGGCCUAUCGUCCUGAGGACCACUGCUGCCAUACGAGUUAACCCCAGCCCAAGACGGUGCUAUGCAAGCCAGCCGCCAACAAGCGGGGCUGGCCAGAACCCCUUCUCAUUCAUGCUGGGCUCGCAGCACAAGAAGGGCGACGCAUUGAAAGAAUAUAGCGUCGACUUGACGGAUAUGGCGCGGAAUGGGAAACUUGACCCUACUAUUGGCCGUGACGAAGAAAUCCGAAGAACGAUCCAGAUUCUCUCCCGGAGGACCAAAUCCAAUCCAGUUCUCAUUGGGCCGCCUGGUGUUGGCAAGACUGCCAUUCUUGAAGGUCUGGCCAGCCGCAUCGUCAGCAAAGAAGUCCCCGAGUCGCUACAUAACAAACGCGUCCUCUCGAUUGAUCUCGCCGGUAUUAUGGCGGGGUCUGGGAUCCGGGGGCAGUUCGAAGAAAAGUUUCGCAACUUGAUUUCCGACAUUGAGGCCGAGGCAGGGAAUGUUAUUUGCUUCAUUGACGAAGUUCACACGCUUUUUAAUCUUGGUAAAACGGAGGGCAGCAUUGACGGAGGUCAGAUGAUCAAGCCUGCGUUAGCGAGGGGGCUUCAGCUCGUUGGAGCUACAACGCCAGACGAAUAUCGAAAGACUAUAGGCAAAGAUGCGGCUUUGGAGCGCCGUUUUCAACCCGUCACUAUCGAGGAGCCUACUGUGGAGUCAACUAUAUCCAUCCUACGCGGGCUGAAGCCACGCUACGAGGUUCACCACGGGGUCGAAAUUUCCGACAGCGCAUUAGUGACAGCAGCUCUCUACUCAGCACGAUACAUAUCCGACCGUUUCCUCCCCGACAAGGCUAUUGACCUCGUAGACGAGGCAGCAUCGUCACUUCGUCUGGCGCAGGAGAGCAAGCCGGACCAGCUCGAGGCGCUGGAGCGGGAUAUCAUGACCCUGGAGAUAGAGAGGGAAAGCUUGAAGAAGGAAACCGACACUUUUAGCGCGGAGAGGAGACGAGCUGUGGAGGCCGAAAUUGAAGAGAAGCGCAAAGCUGCAAACAAUCUGACGGAAACUUGGCAGACAGAGAGAGCUCGUCUCACUCGGACCAAGGAUCUGAAGCAGCAAAUUGAGGCGGCCAAGCACCAGCUCGAUGUAGCACAACGAGCUGGAGACUUUGAAACCGCUAGUCGACUUCGAUUUUCCACCAUCCCAGACUUGACGCGUCAAUUGCCCGAUGAAACGGUCGAAGCGGCAGAGAAGGCUGCGAGGGAAGAUGCAGACUCACCGCUUUCUAUGCUACAAGAGCGAGUUACAUCUAGUGCUAUUGCGCGUGUUGUUGCUCGGGCAACUGGAAUACCCGUUCACAACCUUCUCAAAGGGGAGAGGGAGAAGCUUGUCAAUAUGGAGGACACGAUUAAGUGGAGAGUGGUCGGUCAAGACGACGCGGUUUCCGCCAUCAGCGACGCCGUCAGGAUAUCGCGUGCGGGCUUACAAGCGCCAAAUAGACCGGUUGCAUCAUUCUUGCUCUUGGGCCCAACCGGUGUCGGAAAGACGGAACUUUGCAAAACCCUCGCGGGAUUCCUGUACAACGACGAACAGCGUGGUCUAAUCAAUAUCAAUAUGUCUGAGUAUCACGAUCGACAUACGAUAUCAAGACUUAUUGGUGCUGCCCCGGGUUAUGUCGGAUUCGAAGAAGGAGGUCAAUUAACUGAGGCUGUCCGGCGUAAACCAUACGCUGUUGUGCUUCUCGAUGAGCUGGAGAAGGCCCACAAGGACGUUGCCAUGAUAUUGCUGCAAAUACUUGAUGAGGGUAGUAUCACCGACAGCCAAGGUCGAAAGGUCGACUUCAAGAAUACCAUCAUCUGUCUUACAAGUAACCUCGGUAAAGCAGUAUUCUUGUUCGGUAUACUUUCCACUAAAUCGCCCUCAGGCAGUAACAUCCUUGCUGAUCCCAGCGCAUGCGAUGUCGACGGCGUUGUAACGACCGAAGCCAAGCAACAAGUGCUCGAUGUAACUUCGGAGUACUUCCCGCCCGAGCUGCUCAAUCGCCUCGACACGAUGCUUGUGUUCAACAAGCUUUCGCGAGAAUCUGUUUUGAAAAUUGUGGGGCUACGGCUGAAAGAUGUGGCCAACCGGCUGCAGGACCGACAUAUCACGCUUGAUGUAGACGACGGGGCGCGGGAGUGGCUUGCGAAGCAUGGCUACUCGAACCUGUAUGGCGCGCGGGCAAUUGCGCGGGUGGUCAGGACGGAGGUGCUGUUUCCGCUGGCGCAAAAGCUGUUGCGGGGGACCAUUCGGGAGGGUGACCGAGUAAAAAUCCGGGUGUCAGGCGACAACCAGACGCUGCUUAUCCAAGAGAACCAUCUGCCUGAUCCGGAGGCGGGGUCGGCGGAGCUGAAGCGGACGCUGAGGACUGACGAUGACGAUAUUGACACAAACCGAUAG